UUUCACUUUUCAGUCUUUUACGACAAUCGUCUCCUUUUACUUUGUUUUCCUUCAAAAAAAAUUAUUUCCUCCGAUGAAAUGUUUUCAACACUCAUUUUAUUCGUGUCACUCUCCUUGGUUGUAAACGCUUCUUAUGGUUUUGAUUCAUCCUCAAAGGUUCAACUUUUCAAUAUUUUGUUGAAACCCUUUGGUGUCAGUUUACUACAGGACGUCGUCAGUGACCUCCUUUCUACUUCAUGGAAAACAUCAAAUUGUACAAGACAUUUACAGAAGCUACAAGCUUGUAAUGCUACUGUCUUAAACCUCUUUAACGAUACAACAAGCAGCGAGGAGACGUUAGUUACUUCUCUUUCACAGAGUUGUAGUUCAGGGAGGUUUAGAUGUCUACAACAACAGGUUUCAAAGAGUACUAUCUUACGAGGAUGGUUUCAAAAAGUUAAAGUUGAUUUACACCAAGUGUGUAGGAAUCAGUGCUGGAAAAUCUCUCUGGAUGUUGAGAAAAAUUGCAUACAUUCUAAAACAGAAUCAAAGAAAGUAGGAUUCACAUUCGAAGUCUUGGAUGCAUUCUGUUAUGAACCCAAGCCACUGACACCAGGACAUGUUUCAUACUGCACUGACUAUUUUAUAGAAGGAUUAUUUACCCAAGUUAAAGAUGAAGAGGUCUGUGAUGUAACAAAAGCCAUAGACAACCAGAGAUGUAGCAGCUCUUGCUACCAGGAAAUAUUAGAUUUUUACCACUCUCUUGAUUCUUGUGUUUCUGUAAUCACCGAUACAAUGAAAAAAUACAGUGUAUCUCCGUCACCUAACACCUUUGGGGUUAUAGUUCAGAACAGCACUGUGAUGUGUGGAAAGAAUCAACCAAGGGAAAUCAGUCAGCCAACAAGAUCUAGUCAUACAACAACUGCAAACACUACAAACAGUCAAAAUCAAACAACCUCAAAAGUGCAGAGCCCUCCAUCUAGACCAAGCUCACUGAGUGGAAAACUUAUAGCAGCUAUUGUAGUGGCAGUGAUAGUAUUUGUUGUUGCUGGUGCAGUGCUCUGUAGAUAUCUUUACCAACGCUGUAUAAACAAACCUAAGCUACGGUUUGAAGAUUAUGGUUACUCUCACCUCCAGAUGAUGCAAGACCAAGAAGACUUUUACUUUAAUGAUGAUGAUGAUGAUGACCAUGGUUUACUAGACCUUUGAUUUUUUUAGUGAAACACAAGGUGAUAAUUGAUUACAGAGUGCUAAUUGGUUGACCUUGUUCGGCCAAUGCAACUGAUCAACUUGCCACAAGAUCAACAAUCAUUUUCAUCAAUUGUUUGUUGUCAAUUAUUAUCACUCAGAUUCAAAUGAUAAUCUGUUUUUGUGCAAUGCUCGAGCAAGGUUGAUUAUGGUCAAAUGGUCUGUUGUUCAGUAAUGGUCGACUGUCAUCAAUCAUAAAUUGUGGUUGACCAAUCAGCGCUGAGCUCCUAGAAUGGAUCAUACCUUCAAUGAUGAGGCAUUAAGGUAUAUGGAAUCCAUGAAUGUGGACAAAGAGAAAAUUUUGGGAUAUAAAUGGUCAAAGCAUUUUCCUAAGAAGUAGCCCAAGUAUACCACACCAUGAGGUCCUUGAAGAGAGUUAUCAAUAUUAAUAGUUUGUUGUAGCACUUGGUAAUCUCAUGGAACUCACGCGUGCCUAUGUCAUGAUGAUCAUUUUGAUAUUGGCAGCAGUUAUAACACRACUUUAUUUAUGUCUUCAAUGGCGAUCAAAUUUGCUUGGCUAUAUGACACUCUAUUUUAUAAUAAGAAUUAUAUCUAGUGGUUCUGGUUACUUCAGGGAUGUCCUGGCAAUUUUCUKCAAUGUUUCAACUGCCUUCGGUCAUCUUCUUCAGAAUGAUACCAAUCAUAUUUAUGUCGCACUUUUAGUUAAAUAUUUAUAAGGCCCAUUAGAGACCAUUCAUUAUUCAUGUCUAGGGCGAGGCUGCCAUAGGAUUUACAGAGAAAAGUGAGGGGGCUAAUCAAACAAUAAUACAAGAUAGAAGGGGGGUGACUUGACUUGAAUAUUUUCAAAAACAGGGGGAAGAUAGGACUGGAUGAUAUAUUUACAUGAAAUCAUUUUUGAUUCUUGCAAACCCCACCCCACCCUCCAAGACAUAAAUAAUGAAUUGUCCCUUUGUGGUUAUAAUGUUUCAGGAAAGUUGUAGGGAUAGAAUGUUUGGUUUUGAAUGUUUGAGUCAAACAAAUAUAGAGAUGCUGGAUAUGAAAUACUUAAAAAACUGUGUAAGGGUCAAACAAAGAUGGAAAUAUAUCUUAAUGUGUGAUAUGAAGGUCAGGAUACAUGUGCUGAAAAUUAAAGUUAUAUGGAAUGCUGUAAUGAAGCUGUCCAAUGGAUGCAUUUUAAAUAAUGUGAUGCAAAAUGAAAUAAAAUAUGUGCGUUAUUCUUAUCAGAAUAUUGUCACAUAUACAAAAUACA